UUCACCCAGACCAGCCACCUGAAGCGGCACAUGCUGCUGCACACCGACAUCAAGCCCUACAGCUGCCGCUUUUGCGGCCGGGGCUUCGCCUACCCCAGCGAGCUGAAGGCACACGAGGUGAAGCACGAGAGCGGGCGCUGUCAUGUGUGCGUGGAGUGUGGGCUGGACUUCUCCACGCUCACCCAGCUGAAGCGGCACCUGGCCACACACCAGGGCCCCACGCUCUACCAGUGCCUGGAGUGCAGCAAGUCCUUCCACUACCGCAGCCAGCUGCAGAACCACAUGCUGAAGCACCAGAACGUCCGGCCCUUCGUCUGCACCGAGUGUGGGAUGGAGUUCAGCCAGAUCCACCACCUCAAGCAGCACUCGCUCACGCACAAGGGUGUGAAGGAGUUCAAGUGCGAGGUGUGUGGGCGGGAGUUCACGCUCCAGGCCAACAUGAAGCGGCACAUGCUGAUCCACACCAGCGUCCGCCCCUACCAGUGCCACAUCUGCUUUAAGACUUUUGUGCAGAAGCAAACUCUCAAGACCCACAUGAUCGUGCACUCACCUGUGAAGCCAUUCAAGUGCAAGGUCUGUGGAAAGUCCUUCAACCGCAUGUACAACCUGCUGGGGCACAUGCACCUGCACGCCGGCAGCAAGCCCUUCAAGUGUCCCUACUGCUCCAGCAAGUUCAACCUGAAGGGCAACCUCAGCCGGCACAUGAAGGUCAAGCAUGGGGUGAUGGACAUCAGUCUGGACAGCCAAGAUGCCAUGAUGGAGCUGGCCGGGGCUGAGCACGCCGAGCUGGAUGGGCAGCAGGAGAUGGACGACUUCGAGGAGGAGAACUCUUAUGGCUACGGGGGGGUGGGUAAUCCCCAGGAUGAGCAUGCGCUGGCCGAGCAGGCCAUGAAGGAGAUGGCGUACUACAACAUGUUGUAGCUGAGGC